GAGCUGUACCCUGAUGUCCACUUGGAGAUAGUUGCCAUGUCAACCACAGGAGAUAAGAUUCUGGACACGGCCCUGUCGAAGCGUGGUCGGCACCAGCUCUCUGCGGCGUGCUGCCCAGCUGAAGAGGAGGUUCCCCCACCUGGAAUUCAAGGACAUUCGCGGGAACCUGAACACUCGGCUGAAGAAGCUGGACGAGAAGGAGGACUUUGCUGCCAUCAUCCUGGCUGCAGCUGGGCUGAAGAGGAUGGGCUGGGGGGACCGGAUCAGCGCGGUAUGGAACGGCCUCCGAAUCACUUCCAUGUCCUCAGACUUAUC